CCUCCAUGAAAACUUCGCACGGAGUCUUUGCUGGUCAUUAUCCGAAUUUCCGAAAGAUCUAUCACAACACAGCAAAUGGAGGGAUAUGCUCCGGCCGCUUAACGACAAGAUUAGCAGCAUCUUAGUCCUCCACUGUUUGGAGCUGUGCUUCCUUAUAUGUAUCCAAUCCAGCCGCGCAUGGAGAGUCAUUCUUCCGGGAUUCAGGUUCCAUCCCACUGACGAGGAGCUCGUUGGGUUUUAUCUCCACCGGAAAGUCCAGCACAAAACUCUGCCUUUCGAGGUGAUCACGCAGCUGGACAUUUACAAGUAUGAUCCAUGGGAUCUCCCACACAUGGCGGUCUCUGGAGAGAACGUCUGGUAUUUCUUCUGCUUGAGGGAUCAAAAGUAUCGAAACAGCACGCGGCCGAACAGAGUGACCAAGGGGGGAUUCUGGAAAGCAACGGGCCCGGACCGUGCCAUCUACACGAGCGACGGAUCCAAAUGCAUUGGCCUCAAGAAAUCUCUGGUUUUCUACAAAGGCAAAGCUGCCAAAGGCACCAAGACCGACUGGGUGAUGCACGAGUUCCGACUUCCAGUCCUUGGUUCUACCAAGGAUCCAUCCAAAAAACGCCCUCCAGUCUUUGAGGAAUCCUGGGCUGUUUGUCGCAUUUUCAAGAAGCGCUCCAUGGUGAGACGAGCUCCGUCAAACUCCUGGACCCCGGAUCUCCCCGCAACAGACAAGCCAUCGCUCGAGUCUCCAUCGAUUCCACAGCAGCAGCUCAACGCGAUCAAGACUGUGCUUGUUCCACUUCCAAGCCUGGAUUGCGAGAGUUUCAUGGACACGACCAAUCCUUUGGUCGAUAGCGAGGAGAGCCCAUCGUGCUCGACGUUUGGAUCCAGUGCUUCUUCCUCGUCUUCGUGGGAAUUGUCCGCUCUUAUGGACUUGGUAGCUUCAUAGCUUGCCACAUCCAUCCAUCAUAGUGUACAUUCUAUACUUUAAAAGCACGCUUUUCCUUUACACUUUA